UCUACCACAACAAUUUAUAGUUUGUGGAGAUUUAACUCAUUUUGUUCAUGUUGAUUACACUGUUAUUCCACGAAAAGUAUCAAAUUCAUUAGACAUUAUAUUUUAUGAAAAUAUGGCAAUUCUUUACGCCACAUCUGAACCACAAGCUCAACGAACAUUACGUCGAGGUAGAUUACAUUGGUGUUGCUUUACGAUUACUCAUGAAGUGAAUUUAACUGAAAAAGAGAUAAUUAAACUUCAUGAUAGUGACGUUGUUAUGAAAGUUUAUAAUUCAAGAUAUCGUGUAGCAGAAAAAUUACUUCGUUUACAACCAGGUAUCUAUACUCACGAAAAUGAGGAGGAUGUAAAAAAAUUAUUUUGUCCUGUGUAUAAGGUUAAUAGUAAACCAAAUGUGUCACACCCUAAACCAACAAUACGCCAGUCCAUCGUAUUGGACAGUAAAAAAACAUCGGACUUUGUUCACACACCCUUGAGUGAUUUUGAAAAGGAAGCUGGCUUAUUACAUAGAAGAAGAGCUGAAUAUAUUAUCAAUUAUUUUUUACAACAUUCAAAUAUUAAUGCGUAUAUAUCUCGACUACCAUUUGGAAUACAACAUGCUCCGGCCACUGGAAAUUUAAAAGAAAAUACUCCACACCAAACACGAGAGAGACACUCCCCUGCAGGAACAAAUGAAACUUAUUUGGAAUUAAUUAAAAGUGAUUUUUCCUUUCCUGGUGAAAUGAUAUUUACAGAUCGCAAAGAAUUAUUCUUCGAUAUGAAUACUAAUAAAAAUAUGAGAGGAUUUAUAUUAAUCACUGUAAAUAAUUUAUUAACACCAGAACAAUGUAAUCAAUUGAACCCAUUUUUAAUUUCAAUAUCAACCAUUGAAAAUGUUCCUGUAUCUAUUUUAAGAGAGGAAGGAUUUGAUCGUGUUUAUGUACAGUAUGAGACUUCUUUAUUUGGCACUGUUCAAACGAAUACGUAUCCAUUAAAAAAAGUCAUAAAUAUCCAAGAAAGCCGAUCAUUUUUAACUCACUUAAAAGAUAAAUUAAAACUAAUAAAUUUUGCACAAUCCGGGCAUAUAAUAUUUCAGAUAGAAGAGGAAGAAGAAUGUUUUCUUGAGACAAAGCAAUUAUUAGAAUGUCAGACAGUUUUAAAUAUAACAAUGUCAGUAGCUUCAUCCCUGUCAAAGCAAUUGUUAACCAUAUUAAGUACAAAUGAGCCAUUAUCACGUAUUGGUUUAUUGAUAUAUGAUAUAAAUGUUAUAAUUGAUUUGUUAACUACGAUCUUUGAACAUAAUGCAAGUUUAAGAACAGAUAAUAAAGAUAAUAUAGAUGUUAAUAUGGAUUGUGCGAAACAACAAUUAUCGCGCAAUGUAUCUUUAAAAACUGAAAAAGCUCAUCAACAAUUCAUUACCGGAUUUUAUAUUGAUAAUGGGAAAACCUUUUAUUUGUUUAUUGAAGGAUCUGCUGCUGGAUUUAUUCAUGUUAUAUGGAGUAAAAUCAUGAAUUUAACAAGAAAAGUUGCUCUAGUAUGGUAUAAUAGUGAUUUAGUAUUUACUGAACGAUUAUAUUCUGGCAUGUUACCUUGUUUGUCUGUAUAUGGUAUUGUUUUAAAAGAACCUAUUGAAAUGUUGUUUCGAAGGUCGUACACAUUUUUAAAAGGAAGCAUGCCAAUUCCAUGUUGGGAAGCAGUAAGAAAAUUAAAUUUUUUAUUUAUGGAAUCUACUAUGCUUAAUUCGUCAAAACGUGGAUUAUUUCCAACAAUGGAAGAGCUAAUAAGUUUUGAUAUUGAAUUUGGUGUACCAAAUAAGAUAUUCGAUCCAAAUAUUAUUUACCCAUCUACUUCCGCUUUGUUAAGUUGA